GUUGCAACUGAGGAAGGGCUUUUAACGAAAUGGCAUCAAUUGCUAGCUCCAGUACUAUACUUAGGCCAACCCCAUUUCUUGGCCAGAGGGGAUCAAGUGCUAAUCCUCUUAGAGAUGCCGUCUCUAUGGGAAAUGGCAAAUACAUCAUGGGGAAUGAGUUGUGGUAUGGCCCAGACAGAGUGAAGUACCUAGGACCCUUUUCAGCUCAGACUCCUUCAUAUCUGACUGGAGAAUUUCCAGGUGACUAUGGAUGGGACACUGCUGGUUUGUCAGCUGAUCCUGAGGCCUUUGCCAAGAACAGGGCUCAUUGA